CCCCACGCCCUAACUGUCUCACCCCCUUUCAUCGCCCAUUCACGACUUGCUUUGUUGUAGCGUUAUCUUCUCCGCUCAAAUUGGAAUCGAGAAACCCUAAAGGCAAGCAUGACCUCCGCCGUCUCUCGUCUCCUCCGGCGUGCCCUCGCCAACGCUCCCAGUCGCCGCCUUUCCACUGCAACCGCCGUCGCAGCUUCGGAGACACCUUUGUCCUCUUUGCCGAAAGGGGACGAGGCCGGGACCAUAUCGAUGAAGGGCGUCAAGAUAUCUGCCCGCCCCCUCUACCUCGACAUGCAGGCCACCACCCCUGUUGACCCUCGCGUCCUCGAUGCUAUGCUCCCUUUUUACCUGGCCCGAUUCGGCAACCCUCACUCCCGCACCCAUCUCUACGGCUGGGAAUCCGAGUCUGCCGUUGAGGCAUCUCGCGCCCGAGUGGCCGCCCUCGUCGGCGCUGAUCCGAAGGAGAUUAUUUUCACCUCCGGCGCCACCGAGUCCAACAACAUCUCCGUCAAGGGGUUCAUGCGUUUCCACCACGCCCGCAAGCGCCAUGUAAUCACUACGCAGACGGAGCACAAGUGCGUCCUCGAUUCGUGCCGCUACCUCCAGCAGGAUGGUUUCGAGGUCACCUAUCUACCUGUCCGCCCCGACGGCCUCGUUGAUCUCGAUCUCCUUGCGGCUUCUAUCCGCCCCGACACUGGUCUCGUCUCCGUCAUGGCCGUCAACAACGAGAUUGGCGUCGUGCAGCCUCUGGAGGAGAUUGGCCGCAUCUGCCGUGAGAAAGGCGUUGUCUUCCACACCGACGCUGCGCAGGCCCUCGGUAAGAUUCCCAUCGACGUGGAGAAGAUGGGGAUUGGGCUCAUGUCACUAAGCGGGCACAAGAUCUACGGUCCCAAAGGCGUCGGCGCUCUCUAUGUCCGCCGCCGACCCCGUGUACGGAUUGAGCCCCAAAUGAGUGGGGGCGGACAGGAGAGAGGCAUACGUAGCGGCACAGUCCCAACCCCCCUUGUUGUUGGAAUGGGCGCUGCUUGCGAGAUUGCAACGAAGGAGAUGGAAUACGAUAGUAAGAGGAUAUCUGCACUACAAGAAAGACUUUUGAAUGGAAUCAGGGCGAGGCUGGAUGGCGUGGUGGUGAAUGGGAGCUUGGAACAUCGAUAUCCAGGGAAUUUGAACCUCUCGUUUGCCUAUGUAGAAGGGGAGAGCUUGCUGAUGGGGCUGAAGGAGGUGGCAGUGUCCAGUGGGAGUGCUUGCACGAGUGCCAGUCUUGAACCCUCCUAUGUACUGAGGGCCCUUGGUGUGGACGAGGACAUGGCUCACACAUCUAUCAGAUUUGGUAUCGGCAGGUUCACCACAGAAGGCGAGAUUGACAGAGCAAUAGAGAUGACAGUGAAGCAGGUGGAGAAGUUGAGAGAGAUGAGCCCUUUGUAUGAGAUGGUCAAGGAGGGCAUCGACAUAAAGAGCAUUCAGUGGGCACAACACUAAUUGUAGGGAAAUAUGUUCUUGCUCACGUAUAAGUAGCAAUGGUGAAAGUGUAGAGAAGAUAAAGAGCAACUUUACAAAUUCUGAGGAACCAGUGUUUGAGCUGUCCUUGUUCUCUGCUGGAAUUCAGGUUCCACAGUUUUCCUUUGUCUCUUGAUCUUUGCUAUGUUGAUGUAUGUCGAAGUCUGUUACGUGAUGAUUUCUCAGCACACAUGGAGUUUUCUUGUUUUGUAUGAACUAAAUAUCUGCCUACUGUUUUUUAAAAGGUUUUGUGUGGUAAAAGAUCCAUGGCAUGUAGACACCGAUCUAUGUUGGCGUGAUAAUAUAUUUGACUCAAAAUUUGCUUGUUGGA